GCUGCUGGUCGUGCACCCGUCGUCGAACAAGUCGCCCGGCGGCGCGGGGUCGCCCGGGGCGGUUCUUGGCGCGCGGCGCCGGGUGUGCGCCGCCGUCUUCCUGGCCUGCUUCGCGUGCGUCUCCCUGGCGACCACGCUGCUGUCGGGCGGCGCGGGGACCCGGGGGCGGGCCGGCGCGUCCGGGAGGGCGUCGGCGGCGUUCGCGGGUGCCCGGCGGGUGGGGGCGGGGGGGGUCCCGGCGGCGCGGCGGCGGGGGCGGGUGAGGGGCUGCCGGGGUACGUGUUCGACGCGCUGGUUCAGUACUCGUCGGCUGGCGGGAACUCGACGGCGAGCAUGCCUGGCGCCGACGUGCGCGCCAUCGCGGCGGUGCUGAAGCGGCGCGCGCCUGCAAACCUGCUGGUGUUCGGGCUCGGCGGGGAGACGCCGCUGUGGCGGGCGCUCAACCACGGCGGGCGCACCGUGUUCCUCGACGAGAACCAGUACUACGUGUCCCACCUGGAGGGGCGGCACCCCGGGCUGGAGGCCUACGACGUCGCCUACACCACCACCGUCCGCGAGUUCCCCGACCUCCUCGACGCCGCCCGCACCGCGCGCGCCGCCGAGUGCCGCCCCGUCCAGAACCUCCUCUUCUCCGACUGCCGCCUCGCCAUCAACGACCUCCCCAACCAGCUCUACGACGUCUCCUGGGACGUCAUCCUCGUCGACGGCCCCCGCGGGUACACGGCGUCGUCGCCGGGGAGGAUGUCGGCGAUAUUCACGGCGGGGGUGCUGGCGCGGACGCGGGCGGGGGAGGGCGCGACGACGGACGUGCUGGUGCACGACUACGAGCGGGAGGUGGAGCGCGCGUGCUCCAGGGAGUUCCUGUGCGAGGAGAACCGCGUCGCCGAGACCAGCACGCGGUCGCUCGCCCACUUCGUCGUGCGCGGCGGGAGCGCCGUCCGCCGGGACGCCUUCUGCUCCGGCGCCGCCGCCGCCGCGGCCGCCCACUAGUUUUAUCGCUCCUAAUUACUCUUAUUACUCACCUCUUCUACUUUUUUUUAACCUCUCUCGAUGAUGGUUGCCAAUGAUGAUGCUGUUUGUCAUGUGAGUGAAAAAGAGAAAGGUGAAGCCUGUAAAAAUUGGUGUGACAAGGGAAAAAAAAAAAGCAGACGAAUGGAGUCUGUCUGUCCUUGACGACUCCUUUUGUUGCUGGGUUCAUUCUGUCGA